AAAUAAUAAAAAAAAAAAAAAAUAGAUGAAUACAAUUGUAGGCCGAUAUUCCGGGAGAAAAUCCCUUUUGUCUCGGGUGACAAACCAAAUGUACAGGUAUUGCGUCCAGGCUGAGAAUAAUGAAAAGACAGACACAAGAGGUGGAUUUGCAAAAGCUUUUGAAAAACAAAUCAACUUAGAGGGCGAACGAAGUACUGAGACUUUUGCUAAUCUGCUGAGAAAAUCGAAAUUCAUAGAUAUGGGAGAUCCAGAAGGAAGGAUUGUCACUGGCACCAUCUUCCACGUAGUAAGAGACGACCUUUACAUUGACUUCGGCGGAAAGUUUCAUUGCGUUUGUCCCCGUCCGAAGAAUAACGGCAGCGAUUACAUCAAAGGUUCAAAAGUUAGGCUGCGUUUGAAAGACUUAGAGCUCUCGACAAGAUUCCUCGGAUCGGAAAAAGAUCUCACUAUUUUAGAAGCAGAUGCAGUUUUAUUGGGUCUAGUCUACAUCCCUGUAAUGAAGUCUAGUUAGUAUUUUUAUAUUGUUUUUUUUUUUUUUUUUUUUUAAAUA